UCCUACAAAUGGAUUCACCCACCGAAUCUCCCCAAGGAGUGGUAGAUCCGGUAUCACCACCCUUGGAAGUACUCCCAGAGGCCUACCUCCUCGUAGAGACAAUGAACAUAAACCCGUCUCUCCUCCCCCAAACCCCCUCGCUCGAAGAGCUCAACUUCAUCCCGCCACCCGAAUCCCGCGCACCGCCGGGGUUCUUCAGAUGGCUCAGCUGCAAGCGACAAAGGGUGCACGAGAACAUGUGCAAGCUCAAGAGCCUAAAGUGCCUUUCCGCGCCGCAGGACGUGUUUCUCCCGCGCAUGGGCGACCACGGGAUCGUAAGGUACAAGGGGAUCCCGCGGAACUUGGUGCACCUUGAGAUUCUUUACCCGUCGGCGAAGAUCUUCCGGUGGCUCGAGGGGCUCGUCAAGGCGCUGAGGACUAGGCGCGGGGAGCUGAGGUAUCUCUGUCUCGCUGGGGGUAAGCGUCUGGGUCAGACUGCGGAGCUGCUCGAGUCGAUUCGGGAUCCGGUCGUUGAGGAGCUGAGGGGUCUGGGUGUUGAGGUUUACUUUCGCGAUAUGCAUCGCGGAGAGGACGAGACGGAGAGCGAUGGGUCUGAUCGGGAUCGAGGCAGUCUCGUGGCUCAGGUCAAGGUCGAGUUCCCCAGCGAUAAGCAGGCCUUUUUUGAGCAAUUCGGCAGGAUUACUAUCGGCCCUGCUCGGCGGGAAAGGAAGCUCGCGGGUAGAUCGGGUCCCAAGAAAGAGGGACUACCUUGA